AUGAUCAACGUGGCCGUGGGGGCUGGCAUAUUGUCCAUGCCAUACGCUUUCAGCCUGGUAGGCUGGGAGCUGGGCCUAGGCCUCACAGUGUGCCUGGCGGCGGUGGAGACGCUGACGAUGAACGUGCUUUGCUUCUUUGCCGAGCAGACCGGCGCCACCUCCUACUCCUCUCUCGUGGAGAAGGCGCUUGGGCCGCGUGCCGGGGCUGUGCUGGGCGUGCUGCUGUACAUCUACCUCCUCCUCUCCUGUACCGCCUACCUCAUGAUCGCCGCCGACUGCCUGUGCCCGCUGCUGGCGGGGGCCUUCGGCCCGGGCCUGUGGGGCGGGGCGCGCAGCGCCGUGGUGUCCGCCGUGGGGCUGGGCGUGGCCCUGCCGCUCAGCCUGCCACGCACGCUGGGCGCCGUCGCCGGCGUCAGCACGUUCAAGGUCUGGGCGGUGCUCUUUGUGGUGGGCGCCGUGGUGUCUGGCAGCGCGGGCGCGCUGGGCGACCCAGGCUACCCCUGGCAGUCGCUGCACGCCGCGGUUGGCGGCCCACAGGAGCUGUGUGUGGCCCUGCCCAUCCUGGCCUUUGGGUUCCAGUGCCACACAGCGGCGAUUGACGUGUUUAACGAACUGGCUGUGCCCUCGCCUGCGCCAACAGCUGCUUCAGCCAGCUCCGCGGAGCAGAGCAGCAGCAGCGGCGGCGGCAGCAGAGGUGCAGGAGCAGGCCUGUCCCCCAAGCUGCAGUCCAUGGCGGGGGUGGGGGCGGCGUCGUUUGGCGCCAUGGCCGCCUUUUACUGCGUGAUGGGCUUAGCCGGCUACCUGGCCCUGCCCGGCGGCAUGGACAGCAACAUUAUGAACAGCUACCCGCCUGACUAUCAGCUGAUGCAGUUUGCGCGUGCGGCGGUGGGCGCGAUUGUAGUUGCUGCCUUCCCUGUGAACCACGUCCCUGCGCGAUCAACGGCCCUGGACCUCGCGGCCCGGCUGGCCGGUGGCACCGAGCGGGACCGUGCGGCGAUGCAGAGCGACGGCGCCUAUGCCGCUGAGACCCUGCUGUUCUGCGGCGCCGCGACGGCCGUGGCGGUGUCGGUGACGGACCUUGGGGCCUUGUUUCAGCUCAUCGGCGGGACAGCUGCCGCGGCGCUCAUGUUUGGCGUCCCAGGGGCACUGCUGCUGCAGGCGGCGCUAGAGCGCCCCGCGCUUGAGCAGCACCAGCAGUGGAGCAGGCUUGGCGUGUUUGCCGCGGGCGCCGCCCUGGAGGUGCUUACCUUGGCCUCCUGGGGUGCCACUCUUUACAACAUGUAUGGCAGGGACUGA